GUGUUCGCUCCGAGGUGAACCCGCGCCCACUCGUCAGGAUCUCCAAGAGGACUUGGAGGAGGCACGUCACAGGGUUCCUGGACACUUGGACACUAUUUAGGAGGAUCGCCUUGGCCCCAACAUGUGCCUAAGGCAGCUUCUGCAGUCCUCCCAGCUCCAGUGGGCUUGGAGGGCGGCCUUCCUGAAACACGUUCAGGGCAGGCACCCGGGAGCCUGGAGAUGGACACAUUCUGGAGGCGGCCCGUACAGAGCAGUGAUUUUUGACAUGGGCGGAGUUCUGCUUCCUUCUCCAGGGAGAGUGGCUGCAGAGUGGGAGGUACAGAAUCAUAUCCCUUCUGGAACUAUAGUGAAGGCCUUGAUCUCAGGUGGUGAAAAUGGGCCCUGGAUGAAAUUUAUGAGAGCAGAGGUAACAACAGAAGAUUUCUUACAAGAAUUUGGGAGACUUUGCUCUGAAAUUUCAAAGACCUCUGUGCCCGUGGACUCCUUUUUCUCUCUGCUGACCAGUGAGCGAGUGGCGAAGCAGUUUCCAGUGAUGACUGAGGCCAUAUCUCAGAUUCGGGCUAAAGACCUUCAGACUGCAGUCUUGAGCAAUAAUUUUUAUCUUCCCAAUGGGAAGAGCUUUUUGCCCCUGGACCGGAAACAGUUUGAUGUGGUCGUGGAAUCCUGCCUGGAAGGUGUCUGCAAGCCAGACCCCAGGAUAUACAAGCUGUGCUUGGAGCGGCUUGGCCGGCAGCCUUCUGAGUCCAUCCUUCUUGAUGAUCUUGGACCAAAUCUAAAAGCAGCUGCCAGCCUUGGUAUUCAUACUAUUAAGGUCGAUGACCCAGAGACUGCAGUAAAGGAAUUGGAAACUCUUUUGGGAUUUCCAUUGAGAAUGGCUGUUCCAAACACUUGCCCUGUGAGAAAGACAAUGGAAAUUCCCAAAGACGCUUUGGAGAAGUACCUCAGAGACUUACUGGGGACCCAAACCACAGGCCCAUUGGAACUCCUUCAGUUUGAUCAUGGGCAGUCAAAUCCCACCUACUAUGUCAAGCUGGCUAAUCAUCAGCUGGUUCUGAGGAAGAAACCCCCUGGGACACUCCUUCCAUCCGCGCAUGCAGUAGAGAGGGAGUUCAGGAUAAUGAAAGCCCUUGCAAACGCUGGAGUCCCUGUCCCCAAAGUUCUUGACCUUUGUGAAGACUCAAGUGUUGUCGGUACCCCUUUCUAUCUGAUGGAAUACUGCCCAGGCCUCAUCUACAAAGACCCCUCUCUGCCAGGCUUGGAGCCCAGCCAGAGGCGGGCCAUCUACACUGCCAUGAACAGAGUCUUGUGCAAGAUUCACAGUGUGGACCUCAAGGCUGCGGGCCUGGAAGACUAUGGGAAACACGGGGACUAUCUUGCACGGCAGGUGCAAACAUGGAUCAAGCAGUAUCGAGCCUCAGAAACCAGCACCAUUCCAGCAAUGGAGAGGCUCAUCGAGUGGCUGCCCCUCCACCUUCCCAGGCAGCAGCGGACCACAGUGGUGCACGGGGACUUCAGGCUGGACAACCUGCUAUUCCAUCCGGAAACUGCCGAGGUGUUUGCUGUCCUGGACUGGGAACUUUCUACCUUAGGCGACCCUCUUGCCGAUGUGGCCUACAACUGCCUGGCUCACUACCUGCCAUCCGGUUUUCCCAUUCAGCCAGGGUUGAGCGACUGUGAUUUGACUGAGCUGGGAAUCCCUACUGCAGAGGAGUAUUUCAGGAUGUACUGUCUUCACAUGGGGAUCCCUCCUACUAAGAACUGGAACUUCUACAUGGCUUUCUCCUUCUUCCGCAUCGCCGCAAUCCUGCAGGGAGUCUACAAGCGCUCACUCACAGGGCAAGCAAGCUCGGCGACUGCGAAACAAACUGGGAAGCUGACAGAAUUUAUGUCUAACCUGGCAUGGGAUUUUGCAAUCAAAGAGGGGUUCCAGGUUUUUAAGGAAAUGCCGGCCACCAAACCAUUAAUGAGGUCCUACCACACAUGGUCCCUGCUGAGGACCCCAGGCACGAGGAGUUAUGUCACCUCCACAGACUCUUCUCUAGUUCAUGCCUCAAAGGGAGCUCUGAUCUUCUCUCCAGAAGACCUUCCCCCCCGAGUCAGGGAGCUAUAUCAGCGGCUGAAGGAGUUUAUGGAGCGACAUGUGUACCCUGCUGAGCCAGAGCUACAGCGUCACCAGGCCUCGGCCGAGAGGUGGACCCCCUCCCCACUGGUCGAAGAUCUCAAGGAGAAAGCCAAGGCCGAAGGACUUUGGAACCUUUUUCUACCCCUGGAGACUGAUCCCGAGAAGAAAUAUGGAGCAGGGCUGACCAACAUGGAGUACGCACAUUUGUGUGAGGUCAUGGGCACGUCUCUGUAUGCUCCCGAGAUUUUUAACUGUUCUGCUCCAGACACAGGGAACAUGGAGCUUCUGGUUCGAUACGGCACCGAGGAGCAGAAGGCCCGCUGGUUGGUUCCAUUGCUGGAAGGAAAGGCUCGCUCCUGUUUCGCUAUGACUGAGCCCCAGGUCGCCUCCUCAGAUGCCACCAGCAUUGAGUCUUCCAUCCGAGAGGAAGAUGGCUUCUACGUCAUCAAUGGUCACAAGUGGUGGAUCACAGGCAUCCUGGAUCCUCGCUGCCAGCUCUGCGUGUUUAUGGGAAAAACAGACCCACAUGCCCCACGCCACCAGCAGCAGUCCAUACUCUUGGUUCCCAUGGAUACUCCAGGGAUAAAAAUCAUCCGGCCACUGACAGUGUAUGGGCUGGAGGACGCACCAGGUGGCCACGGUGAAGUCCUGUUUGAGCAGGUGCGCGUGCCCAAAGAGAACAUCAUCCUGGGCCCUGGCCGGGGCUUUGAGAUCGCCCAGGGCCGACUGGGUCCCGGCAGGAUCCAUCACUGCAUGCGGCUGAUUGGCUGCUCAGAGAGGGCGCUGGCGCUCAUGAAGGCCCGAGCGAAGUCCCGCGUGGCCUUUGGGAAGCCCCUUGUAGAGCAGGGCACUGUCCUGGCAGACAUUGCCCUAUCCCGUGUGGAGAUCGAGCAGGCCCGGCUGCUGGUUCUGAAAGCUGCCCACGUCAUGGACGUGGCGGGAAAUAAGGCUGCAGCUCUGGAUAUUGCCAUGAUUAAAAUGGUGGCCCCAUCCAUGGCUUCCCGAGUGAUUGAUCGUGCUAUUCAGGCCUUCGGAGCAGCAGGGCUGAGCAGCGACCACCCACUGGCUCAGUUCUUCACUGGGGCCCGAGCCCUGCGCUUUGCUGAUGGCCCUGAUGAGGUGCACCGAGCAGCAGUGGCCAAGAUGGAGCUGAAGCACCGCAGUUAGACCUGCAGGAGCCAGAUCAUCCCCACCAGGCUUGUUGUGCCCAAAUGUUUAAAUGACGUGCUUUGAAAGGCCUGGUGUGUGUGCUCCAUGCACCCUGCCUGGCAGCUCUGUCCUGGGACCCUUGCGAACUCAGCCUUGGUGGGUCCUCACAGAACACACUUCUGUAAGAAGCCUGGAGUUGCCUGUUUCAGGCAAGGAGGAAGAGGAGUAACCAAGAGCUGAGUGGGUUUUGGCACAGAGCCUGAAGAGGUGGUCUUUAGGCCAGGAGCUGGAUGGGCAGCUGGGCCCCUUCUCUCUGGCUGUGGUAUGCAAAGGCUCUGGGCAUCUGCAUGAGUAUUAGGAGACCUACUGGGCCUGUGGUUGCUCCCAAUACAGGGCCUGCUGCUUUGUCCCUCCCCACCGCUUCUCCCAGCUGAUGGCUGCAGCCUACAAACCUGGGGUAGAACUCCUGGGAAAAAGGAAUGUAACCCAAAUCAUGAAGCCACUGCCGUCUAAUUUUCUUUCUUUGAAUAUCCAAAACACAGAACACUGAAAUGUUAAUUUAGAAAGAAACUUUGGAAACAUGAAAGAAUAAGAAUGUAUUCUUCAGAGACAUCAUGAAUGCUCUAUAUCUUAUAAAAAGAAUGGAGAAUGAAGGCUAUCACUUCAACCCCUGUUUCAGUAAUGUCAGUUGCCUCCGCAUAUUUGAGUUUACACAAGAUCCUGCCCAGUGCAUCAGCCUACCUGUACACAUGGAGGGCAAAGACGCAAUGACCCAUAGUAGGUCUCAAAUCAGCCACCUCAAUGCUACUCAUCUAAGGGUCAGCAAAAGACCAUGGCAUUCUGGUGUGUGAGGGCCAUCCUCCAUCUGCUCUGUAGUCAGAAUAUUUGUGGGGAGAGGAGGUGGUGGGCAAUAUGCCAUUACAAUCCAGAGAGCAGUACUUUUCCCACAGAGAAAAGUGGACAUGCUUGCUCACUUGAGGUCUGAGUUCAAGGAAUGGGUGCCCAUGAGCCCAGGCAGUGGGUGGAGAUAAGCCAUUGGCUCUUAGGGCCUGAUCUGCUAAUCUCAUGAUCUGGGAUGAUGUGGCCAACAGCUGCCCAUUUCAGGUCAGACCACAUGGGCAGGGAUCACCCUUCACUGUCUGCUGCCUUGCAGACCUGGCCCCCUCAAGGAACUGCUUUACCAGAGAGAACACCCACCUGCUGCAGUUAUAACCUCAUGCCUUCAGGGUACCGGGGAGGCAUGGGGGGCUUGUGAAAAUGCUUCUCAGAUGUCCUUGCCUUAGUGGUCUGGGGAGGCAGGCCCUCCUCUACUGCUUGUUGCUCACAAAGAUAGUUAAAUUCAACUCCUCCCCCACAAUGAACUGCUAUCACAACACCAGCCGCACUGCCAAACAACCUUUUGAAAACUGUGGCAGGGUUCUAGCAGCCUGAAUUCUUGCUUUGAGUCUUAGUAAGGAGGGGUUUGAAAAAGGAAGUGCUCUGGCACGUGUAUCACGUGACCCUCAGGUUUCUCUCAUGGCCUCAGAAGUUAACCUUGCUUGUUAACUAGUGCAGCUGCAGGGAUGAAAAUAGAAACUGUGGGGCGACUGCACAUCUCCCUCAGGUUCUGUGGGGAAAGAGGAAGCCCUGGGUGGGACAGUGAGCAUGCUUAAAGGAUGUGACUCACAGAGAUGCGGCCGCCAGGAGCCCCUCAUCCAGGAUCUCCCAUCCUGUGAAAUAAUUCCACUCACCACUGUCAACUGUACCCUUCCUCUUAGCUGGGCACUAGUCUAGGCCCUGGGGAAUGUGCAGGAGAACAAACUGGCCCAGUUGCUGACACCAGGGGGCCCUUGGCCCCUUGACCCCCUGGUGCCGUGAAGGCAUGUGGUUGUAACUGCCCCAGGUGGGUGUUCUCUCAAGUAGGGGAUGGUGGCGAGUACCUGAGAUGGUGGUGGGUGAUGUGGGUGCUCUAAUAGGCACUGCUAGAGGGUGGGAGCUGGGGGCUCAGAAAGGGAAAACUCAUUCCAGAAGAGGCAUUUGAGUAAGACCUGCAUGCUAAGAAUGGGCAAGGGUGCUUCAGAAGAAGGAACAGCAGAUGCAGAGGCCCUGCAGGGCAGCCCAGUGUGUCUGGGUGUUGAAUACCAGAAGGUAGAAGGUGCCGGGCCAUGUGAGACCUCGGGGCCUUUGGUGGGAGUUUGGUGUUGAUUCUAAACUUGACAAAACAGUAAGUUUAGGUCUUAAUGUGACACUUUGAUUUGAGUUUUUAAAAGCUGCCUCUGCUCUCCAAAGUUCACCAGGAUAAAGAAGGAAUAAGGGAAGAUUAGAGCUGGUUCAAAAUUCCAUAUUGCUGCAGAGGGCUGCAAAAAAACCACCCACAAAGUUAAAAUUAAAAAAAAAAGAAGGAAAGGUGGAGGAUGAGGGGCAGGGGUUUUAAUGAGUUAUGAGCAAAAAAUCUGAAGAAUAAAGGAAAUUUAACCUGG